AUGGGUGCGGGCAUGUCAUGGUUUUCCAACUUGCUUUGGGCAAAGAAGGAGAUUAGAAUAUUGAUCUUGGGUCUUGACAAUGCUGGCAAGACGACACUGCUAUACAGACUAAAGAUUGGCGAGGUCGUCACCACGAUACCUACAAUCGGGUUCAACGUCGAGUCAGUGACAUACAAGAAUCUAAACUUUAAUGUCUGGGAUCUGGGUGGCCAAACAAGCAUUCGACCCUACUGGCGAUGUUACUACGCCAACACAGCAGCCGUCAUCUUCGUCGUCGACUCCACCGAUAUCGAACGGUUACAAACCGCGGCCGAGGAACUAGCGGCGAUGCUGAAUGAAGAAGAACUCAAGGACGCGGCUCUGUUAGUAUUCGCCAACAAGCAGGACCAGCCUGGCGCAAAGGGCGCAGGUGAAAUUUCCGAGGCCCUGCGUCUGGGCGAGCUGCGUGACCGGAACUGGAGCAUCAUGGCGUGCUCCGCCGUGGAUGGUAGUGGUAUCAACGAAGGCAUGGACUGGUUGGUGUAA